CGGUUCGGAGCCGACGACGCCUCCGCUCCGAGCCUGCGGGGCUGCUCCGGCUCCUACGCCUGAGGGGUCGCGGACCCCCGGAUGGCUGCGGAGGGGUCUGAGAGGCCAAGCGUGUGAGCUGGCGGUCAUGGAGGCGGAGCCGCGGUCGGCGGCCGGGGCCAGCGAAGGGACGACCCCUGGGCUGGAAGCGGCGCCUCCCGCUGCUCCGGCUCCAGCGAACGCGGCCUCGGGUCGGAACCCGGGGUCCGCGCCGGAGCCUAAGCGAAGGCAGCUCGGGACGCUGCUGCAGCCCACGGUCAACAAGUUCUCCCUCCGGGUGUUCGGCAGCCACAAGGCAGUGGAAAUCGAGCAGGAGCGGGUGAAGUCAGCGGGGGCCUGGAUCAUCCACCCCUACAGCGACUUCCGGUUUUACUGGGAUCUGAUCAUGCUGCUGCUGAUGGUGGGAAACCUCAUCGUACUGCCAGUGGGUAUCACCUUUUUCAAGGAGGAGAACUCCCCACCCUGGAUUGUCUUCAACGUCCUCUCUGACACUUUCUUCUUGCUGGAUCUGGUGCUCAACUUCCGAACGGGCAUUGUAGUGGAGGAGGGCUCUGAGAUACUGUUGGCACCACGUGCCAUCCGCACUCGCUAUCUGCGUACCUGGUUCCUGGUUGACCUCAUCUCCUCUAUCCCAGUGGAUUACAUUUUCCUAGUGGUGGAGCUAGAGCCAAGGCUGGAUGCUGAGGUCUACAAAACAGCGAGAGCAUUGCGCAUCGUUCGCUUUACCAAGAUCCUCAGCCUGCUGCGACUGCUCCGCCUCUCCCGCCUCAUCCGCUACAUACACCAGUGGGAGGAGAUCUUUCACAUGACCUAUGACCUGGCCAGCGCUGUGGUUCGCAUCUUCAACCUCAUUGGGAUGAUGCUGCUCCUCUGUCACUGGGAUGGCUGUCUGCAGUUCCUGGUCCCCAUGCUGCAGGACUUUCCUCCCGACUGCUGGGUCUCCAUGAACCGCAUGGUGAACCAUUCGUGGGGCCGCCAGUAUUCCCACGCCCUGUUCAAGGCCAUGAGCCACAUGCUGUGCAUUGGCUAUGGGCAGCAGGCACCUGUAGGCAUGCCUGACGUCUGGCUCACCAUGCUCAGCAUGAUUGUGGGUGCCACGUGCUACGCCAUGUUCAUCGGUCAUGCCACUGCACUCAUCCAGUCCCUGGACUCUUCCCGGCGUCAGUACCAAGAGAAGUACAAGCAGGUGGAGCAGUACAUGUCCUUCCACAAGCUGCCAGCUGACACACGGCAGCGCAUCCAUGAGUACUACGAGCAUCGCUACCAGGGCAAGAUGUUUGAUGAGGAGAGCAUCCUAGGCGAGCUGAGCGAGCCACUGCGGGAGGAGAUCAUUAACUUCACCUGUCGGGGCCUAGUAGCCCACAUGCCUCUGUUUGCCCAUGCUGACCCCAGCUUCGUCACCGCAGUGCUCACCAAGCUACGCUUUGAGGUCUUCCAGCCAGGAGACCUCGUGGUGCGUGAGGGCUCCGUGGGCAGGAAGAUGUACUUCAUCCAGCAUGGGCUGCUCAGCGUGCUGGCACGUGGUGCCCAGGACACCCGCCUCACUGAUGGAUCCUACUUUGGGGAGAUCUGCCUGCUGACUCGGGGCCGGCGCACAGCCAGCGUGAGGGCUGACACCUACUGCCGCCUCUACUCACUCAGUGUGGAUCACUUCAAUGCUGUGCUGGAAGAGUUCCCCAUGAUGCGACGGGCUUUUGAGACCGUGGCCAUGGAUCGCCUGCGCCGCAUCGGCAAGAAGAAUUCCAUCCUGCAGAGGAAGCGCUCUGAGCCGAGUCCCAGCAGCAGUGGUGGCAUCAUGGAGCAGCAUUUGGUGCAACACGACAGGGACAUGGCUCGGGGUGUCCGUGGCUUGGCCCCAGGCACAGGAGCCCGGCUAAGUGGAAAACCAGUGCUGUGGGAGCCACUGGUACAUGCCCCCCUUCAAGCAGCUGCCAUGACGUCCAAUGUGGCCAUUGCCCUGACUCACCAGCGGGGUUCUCUGCCCCUCUCCCCUGACUCUCCAGCCACUCUUCUUGCUCGCUCUGCUCGCCGCUCGGCAGGAUCCCCAGCCUCCCCACUGGUGCCUGUCCGAGCUGGUCCUCUGCUGGCCAGGGGACCUUGGGCAUCCACCUCCCGUCUGCCUGCCCCACCUGCCCGAACACUCCAUGCCAGCCUAUCCCGGGCUGGGCGCUCCCAGGUGUCUCUGCUGGGCCCACCCCCAGGAGGAGGUGGAAGGCGGCUAGGACCCCGGGGUCGCCCACUCUCAGCCUCCCAACCUUCUCUGCCUCAAAGGGCAACAGGUGAUGGCUCUCCUGGGCGAAAAGCUUCUGGAAGUGAGCGUCUGCCCCCCUCAGGGCUCCUGGCCAAGCCUCCAGGGACAGCACAAGCACCCAGGUCAUCAGUGCCAGAACCAGCCACCCCCCGGGGCCCCCAGCUCUCUGCCAACAUGUGAAAUCCUUGGUCAUAUUGGCCUUAGCUCUUAGGGUGCAAUAGUGUGUCUAUGCCCAAGGGCAGUUGCCCCUUGGGAAACACCAAGGGGUCCUACAACACUGCCCUAUGGGAAUGUCUCCCCCUUACUGCCAUGAAGAUGUUUUGUGUCCUCAACCCAAGCAGCCACAGCCUGUCUGACAUCCUAAUUCAUUCACUCAUUUGUCAUAUGUAUACGAGUGCCUGCCAUGUUCAAGGCACUGUGUCAGACACUGUAGGUCUCCACUGCCAAGUAGAAGUGACUCAGAGCCCUCUGAUAAGGGUAUCCCUCCCAGCCAUGGUCCUGCCAGGUGCAGGCCCUGGCUCUUGACCCUGCCUUUACUAAGCACAAGUACUUGCCACCGCCAUCACUGCCAAGUAACUAGAUGUCUCUUUCCUUGUCUGUGAUACUACAGGCUCUGUCUGGCUUGUUUAUCUUCCUGUCCCCUGCCUGGCGUGUUUAUCUUAGCAUAGCUGUCAGUUACCUGUGCCCCCAUUACUGCCAACAGAGGUCUUGUGUCCUAAGUGUGGGCAUCUACCUUUGCCCCUCACUGCCACCUCUGGACCCUAGAGUCUAUACUCUGAGUGGGAACAUGCAUCUCCCUCCAAGU